AUGCCUGCUGCUAAACACAAAUCACCGCAGCUGAAGUCACUGCAAACGAAGCUACGCGGACUGCAGACGUCUUUCGGCAAUAUGUAUCGAUUUAUGGAACAGCACCGGGAUGAUACGAAUUUGGCGGAGGUCGACGUACGACUGGAGCAGCUAGAUCGCAUGUGGGACAGAAUGAACGAGGCUAUUAACGACGUUGAGUCCCACGAAGAAUCGAUUGCCGAUACGGACAGUUUCGUGAAGGAUCGCAUCGACUUUGAAAAUCGGUUCUACGAGCUAAAAACAUUUCUCAUUGGUAAGCAAAAGGAAGAUUGUGAUCAAACCAUAUUAAAUCAGACUACUCGCUCUCUCGAUAAUCCCCCCACCUCUACCCCUCAUGUGCGGUUGCCCCAAAUUACCCUUCCAAAAUUCAGUGGCAAAUUAGACGAAUGGCUUACGUUCCGUGAUCUCUUUACGUCACUAAUUCAUUGGCAGACUGAUCUUCCUGAGAUAGAAAAGUUCCACUACUUGCGUAGCCAGCUAGAAGGGGAAGCGCUGUCGGCUGAUUAUAAGGAUAUGCUAUUGGUUCAUCUUCUAUGUUCGCGCUUGGAUCAUGGCACGCGUAGAGCAUGGGAAGAAUUUUCUUCGUCUAAGGAAUCGGAUACGGUUAAGGAGCUGCUUGAGUUCUUGCAACGUAGAGUCAGAAUUCUGGAAUCAUUGCCUAUCAAGUCCAAUGAACAUAAGGUAGAAUAUACACAGCCUAAACAUCCAAAGGGACCAACCUCGGUUAAGGCAUACAGUGCAUCAAUUCAACAGUCAUCGGGUAGCAGUAAAAGUGUUUGCUGCUCGGAUAAUCACCCUCUCUAUCAAUGCCCAUCGUUUCAAAAAAUGAUCGUUUCCGACCGAGAUGCACUACUUAGAAAUCGUUCCCUGUGUCGAAAUUGCUUUCGCCGUGGUCAUCAUGCGAGAGAAUGCAGCUCCAAAUUCACUUGUAAGCAAUGCAAAGGGAAACAUCACACGCUAGUGUGCUUCAAGGGUAAACCAACCGAUGAAAAACCGAACGUGAAUAAUGAACCAAAACCGUCACCGACAGCUUCGGGUGAUGAGCUAACUGAAUCCAAAGUGGUCAACUUGGCGACUACUAGCAGGGUGGCCUGCAACGCAGCGGCUGGUUCAUCGACGGGUGUAUUUUUGCUCACUGCGAUUGUCACUCUGGAAGAUGAUCGAGGUGAACAGGUUCAUGCCAGAGCAUUGUUGGACAGUGCUGCGGAAUGCAAUUUGAUCAGCAAUAGAGUGCGGAAACUACUUACGGUUAAGGAACACCGAUGCAUGGUUGAAGUCGUUGGCAUCCAAGGUUUGGCUACCCGGGCCCAGGGCAAAAUUACUGUGAAAGUACGUUCGAGAUUUACGGAUUUUUCCCAGCCAAUGGAUAUGUACAUUCUCCCGAAAAUCGCUGCACAAAUGAUUUCAUCAUCGGUCGAUAUAAAUAAAUGGGAACUACCCAGCGGGAUAGAACUGGCAGAUACAACAUUUUUCAAAGGUGGCUCAGUUGAUCUGGUGUUGGGAGCUGAAGCCUUUUUCGACUUUUUCAUAACUGGUCGUAAAAUCCGAUUAGGGGAUACCUUACCUUCAUUGGUGGAUUCGGUGUUUGGCUGGGUUGUUACGGGCAAAUGUUUGGUGGAUAGUUCCAUUAAGUCUGUAAUUUGCGACAUCGCAAUCAGUAACAAACUAGAUACUUUACUGGAAAGGUUUUGGGAAACUGAAGACAUCGGUCAAGAUUACAAUCACUCUCCCGAGGAGGCUAGGUGCAUGGAAUAUUUUACACAAACUACACAACGGCAAGGUUCUGGUCGAUACACGGUGUCCUAUCCGAGGAAUAGUGAGGUGCUAUCCCAGCUUGGUGAUUCGAAAGCUAUAGCAGAGCGGAGAUUCAUGCAGUUGGAGAGACGUUUAGAAGGAGAUCAAAAUUUACGAGAGCAAUAUGCAGCCUUCAUGAGCGAAUAUGAAUCAAUGGGCCACAUGCAUUUGAUACCCGAUGAACACAAUGCGAACGUUAAGCGAUGCCGCCUCCCACAUCACCCAGUGGUGAAGGAAGACAGCACAACUACUAAGGUGCGGGUGGUGUUUGACGCCUCCGCAAAAACAUCUACCAAUAUUUCUUUGAACGACAGUUUGCUGGUAGGCCCUGUUAUUCAGGAAGAUUUGCGCUCAAUUAUACUUCGGAAUCGUACACGUCAGAUUAUGGUGGUCGCCGACAUCGAAAAGAUGUUUCGGCAAAUCGAAAUUCGCCCCGAGGAUCGGCGGCUUCAGUGCAUUUUGUGGCGUCCCUCACCUAACGUUCCGAUUUCCAUAUACGAACUAGCGACUGUUACGUAUGGCACGAAGCCGGCACCAUUUUUGGCAACUAGGGUUCUUAUGCAGUUAGCUUCAGAUGAGCAGCACCGAUUCCCACUGGCCGCGAAAUCAGUUAAGGAGGAUUGUUAUAUGGAUGAUGUGAUAACAGGUGCGAACGAUCCAGAUACAGCUAAAGAACUACGAGUGCAGUUGCAGGAAAUGUUACGCCGAGGUGGGUUUUGGUUGCGAAAAUUUGCUUCUAAUUGUAAGACCGUGCUCGAAGGUUUACCGGCAGAGGACCUCUCUAUACAGGUUGACGACGGAAUUAAUCUAGACCCUGAUCCCAUGGUUAAAACGUUGGGUUUAAUUUGGAUGCCGAAGACAGAUGUUUUUCGGUUUCGCUUUCACAUACCGCCUCUGUCACCGGACGUGCACUUUACGAAAAGGAAAAUUCUCUCAAUAAUAGCCACUCUAUUCGACCCGUUAGGACUUAUCGGAGCAGUGAUUACUCGAGCUAAAAUUUUUAUGCAACUACUUUGGUUUUUGGAAGAUCAAGAGGGGAAUAAAUUGUCUUGGGACUCUCCCUUGCCAACAAGGAUUGAGGAAGAAUGGCGGGUAUUUCACCAACAAAUCCCGCUUUUGAAUGAUCUGCGUAUCGAUCGUUGUGUUAUGCUAUGCAAUCCAAUUUGUAUCCAAAUACACAUGUUUUCGGAUGCUUCUGAAAAGGCUUUCGGAGCCUGCGCGUACAUGCGUACCGAAGAUUCUUCCGGUAUGAUUAAGGUUGUACUUUUAUCGUCAAAAGCCAGAGUUGCACCGUUGAAAACCCAAUCGAUUCCCAGACUGGAAUUACGGGGUGCAUUGAUGGCAGCUGAAUUGUUUUCAAAGGUGAAAGACUCAGUCAGGUGUUUGGCAGAAGUUUUCUUUUGGACUGACUCAACAACAGUGCUACGUUGGUUGCUUGCGACAACUUCAACUUGGACAACGUUUGUGGCUAAUCGCGUGUCCAAGAUUCAAUUGCUGACUGAAAACUGCCAUUGGAAUCAUGUGACCGGGGAACAUAAUCCGGCUGAUCUUGUGUCUAGGGGAGUUAGGCCAGAUGACAUUAUCAACAACAACUUAUGGUGGAUGGGACCCGAAUGGCUAUCCAAAGGUACGCAACAUUGGCCGAAACCACAGACGCUGUCACCUGAGAACCUGGAAGAGGAGAAAAGACAUGUAGUGUUGGCGGUGGCUCCACAAAAUCCUAGUUUUUUUGAAUGGUAUUUAACACAGUUUUCCAAUUACAACGCUUUAGUUCGACGAACGGCGUACUGGCGGCGAUACCUGAGCAAUCGGUGGCUGAGACGUAAAGAAAAUCGACAGGAUGGACCAUUAACAACAGUAGAGCUUCGACAGGCAGAAUACAAAGUCAUUCAAGGGGUCCAAGCAGAAACAUUUCCCAAUGAGCUCAAGGCACUGGCGAAGAAAGAAUGCGUACCACGUUCAUCACCCCUGCGUUGGUACAAUCCCUUCAUUGCGGAAGAUGGUUUAUUGAGGGUCGAGGGGAGGUUAGGGCAAUCGAGAGAGUCUGAUGAUGCAAAGCACCCCAUUGUACUUCCCGCAAAACAUUUGCUUACCAAAUUGCUCUUCCAAUGCUAUCAUAUGAAACUUAUACACGCUGGUCCACAAUUAUUAUUGAGUACUGUUCGGCUUCAAUACUGGCCCAUGGGCGGGAGAAAUGUAGCGAGAACAGUUUGUCAUCAAUGUAUGCGGUGCUACCGUAUGCGACCCAAAUUGAUUCAGCAGUUUAUGGCUGACUUACCGGCAUCCCGAGUAACGAUGGCGAGACCAUUUUCGACCACAGGGGUCGAUUACUUCGGGCCAGUUUAUAUUAAACAAGGAUAUCGUCGCAAUGCGAUGAAGGCGUAUGUUUCCGUCUUUGUCUGCUUCACGACGAAGGCAACACAUUUGAAGCUAGUAACAGACCUUUCGACGGCACGAUUCAUCCAGGCUUUGCGAAGGUUCACAGCUCGUCGAGGAAAAUGUGCCACCUUGUGGUCAGAUAAUGGCACAAACUUUAUUGGAGCCAGAAACCAGAUGAAGGAGCUUCUCAACAACCUAAAGACCAAAAGGCAUCAUCAAACAGUUGCCAUGGAGUGCGCGGACGAGGGCAUGCAGUGGAAGUUUAUUCCACCCGGAGCACCACAUUUCGGUGGCCUGUGGGAGGCUGCUGUACGGUCGGCGAAAACACAUCUUCUCAAGGUGCUUGGGGACUCGACAGUCUCAUACGAGGAUAUGACAACGCUUUUGACGCAAGUCGAGAGUUGCUUGAAUUCACGGCCGCUCACUCAAAUGUCGGAUGAUCCCGAGGAUCUGCAACCGCUUACACCAGGUCACUUUCUGGUAGGUUCUGCGCUUCAAUCACUUCCAUCAGCAGACUACACCAACACAAAUUAUGGGAGGCUUAACAUGUGGGAAGCGGCACAAAAAAGGCUACAAGAUUUCUGGCGUAGAUGGAGAACGGAAUACCUUAAUCAGCUUCAGGGACGAGGAAAGUGGUGGAAACCGCCAGUCGAAAUCACGCAGGGAAGCUUAGUAGUAAUUCGGGACGAUAAGCUACCACCCACACGUUGGAGAAUGGCACGAAUCGUUGAAACUCAUCCAGGGCGAGACGGGGUGGUUAGAGUAGUUACCCUUCGUACGGCGAACGGGACAGUAAAUAGACCGGUGGACAAAAUAUGCAUCUUACCGGUGGCAACAGAGGACGAUGAAUUGAAGCAGAGCGACUAG